AUGGUCAUGGUUUUGCUGAUUUGUGCCAAGAAAAAAAAGAGAUCGAAAAUGUUAUUAAGAGAGGGGUAAGACAAAUUUCUAUUACAAAAUUCAACAAAUAUUCAAAUAGCGUCAUUUCCAAAUUAAAGAACUCUCUAAAAUGACUGAAAAUUUACAAUCUGAUAACCUUGAGAGAAUGUUCCAAACACCAAAAAUCUUGGAAUUCAAAAAAAAAACAGAAUCUUUUUUGGAACUUUUUUCCCGAAGUUAUCAGUAAAACAUCCUUCUGCUUUUUCAAAAACUCAAAAGGUUCAUUCGUUUUUUUAAAUCUCAAGUUCGUAUCUUGAUAAAUCGACAUCGAAAAACUCGAAAUCGGUUGAGACGCCAAAGAAGGUUCAAAUCAAGGAACAAUCGGAAGAUGAUAAUACAGUGUAUAUGGAUAAAACUUAUCGAAUGGAUAAUAUUGAAGAUAAGAGAAAUCCGGAGAAAAAAUGA